CUCGGCGAUUUCAGAUUGUUUUCGUCCGCCAACUCGAACAGACGUGUGAACUGAGACUCCGAGAUACAGCGGAAAGUAUCUGGAAGAUACGCGUAGUUUGGCCCACCAAAACAACUACUGACCGAACGGAUUGUUUGUGGCCCAGUGAAGUUAUCAUCAAAAUCGGAAAUUGGUCGAAUGAAUGAAUAAAUGUGUCUGCGAGAUACGCACAGUGAAGUUUUCAUUUUCUAGCCCGAGAGGGAAAUCAAGUGUAAAAACCAAAAACGAAAAACCGCCCCCGCAACAAUAAUAAAAACAACCGGUACGCCACCCCCCGAAAAUCGACGUCGCAGUCGCCAUCGUCGCAAUCGUUUGGAAAUAAAUCGUGUUUCUGCCUUUUUGCAUUUGUUGUUUUUUGUUGUUUAUACGCCAAGUUAUUUACGUCGUCGCAAAGCCAAGUACAACAACAACGAAGCGGCUGGCGAAAAACAAAUCGAGUCGGCGAAAAUGUUUUACAAUUAAAAUUACGCGCGCAGCGGGCACAAAGGUACGAAUACGAGUACGAGUAUCUGCAAGAUACACACACGUAGAUCAAAUAAAGCAGCGCAAUAUGCGCAAAUUAAACUAAAAUGCAGCACAUCAGAGCUGUAAAAACUUUUACGACCACGAUUACGGCCACGACCGGCAGCUUUGCCACCCGCACAGUCGAAAAUAAUACCAGAUACAAAUUAAGGUCGCCCAGCGGCAGCGGAUAAACACGGUGGACUUGGAACUGGAACUGGAGGUCGUUCUCUACCUGGAGUAUAUUAGUCUCAGUCCUCGGAUCCUUACAUAAAAGGACAGCCACCAGGGAGCGCAGAACGCACACACAAAGGCCGUAAAACAUUUUGGGCUGCUGCAGGUCUCCUCCUCCCAGGACUCGUAAAUUUCCAACCCAACCACCACCGCCCGGAAAAGUAAAAACACCGAAAAAUCCAAGACACCGCCAAGUAACUGCAUCCUCAACCAGCUUAUAUAUAGAAGCAUAUAUACACUCGGCAGAGAUGGCGGGCAACAUUGUCAAAUGGUGGAAGCAUAAAAUUCUCGGCGGCUACAAGCAAUUCUCAGUCCAGGAAUGCACCACAGACUCCGAGGAGCUGAUGUACCACCAGGUGCGCGCCUCCUCCUCUUGCAGCGCCCCGCCCGACCUGCUGCUGGUCAGCGAACGUGACAACAAUAUCCAACUGCGAUCGCCGGUGGUGAACAUAAUCACCACGCCGCCGGGCAAUGCCUCCAGUGGGGCGACCAAGCAGCAGUCGCACCAGCACCAUCAGAGCCACAGCCAGACGCACCCGCACCACCACCACCACGCCUCGGGCAGGAGCCACGCGGCGCAUCCGGGGCAUCCGCAGGAUGCGAGCAGCGGCGGCAGCCACAGCAAGCACCUGCGCAUCAACAGCACCUCCAACGGCAAGCACGGCAAAUACUCAAACAUGCAGCAGCACCUGCCGCAGGAUGAGGACGUGGUGGACGCCGCAGCCUCCGUGCAGCAGCACGCCGGCCACGCCCACUCGCGCCACCUGCACCACCACAAGGAGGAGCGCAUCCGGCUGGAGGAAUUCACCUGCGACGUGUCCGUGGAAGGGGGGAAGUCCUCGCAGCCGCUGCAGUUCUCGUUCACGUUCUACGAUUUGGACGGGCACCACGGCAAGAUAACAAAGGACGACAUCGUGGGCAUUGUGUACACCAUAUACGAGUCCAUCGGCAAGUCGGUGGUGGUGCCCCACUGCGGCAGCAAGACAAUCAACGUGCGGCUCACCGUCAGUCCCGAGGGCAAAUCGAAGGCGCAGCCGGUGGUGCCGCUGCCGGUCCCCGUGCCCGUUGCGACAGGGUUCGGCAGCAGCCACGCCAGCAAGCUGAAGAAGCUGCCCUCGGGCCUGGGCGGCGCAGUGGGAUCCGGCGGGGCGACGGCCCUAACGACUUCCGCCGGCAACCGCCGCCAGCACCGCUAUCGACCGCGCAAACUGAUUAAGUCCGAUGACGAGGACGACGACAGCAACAGCGAGAAGGACAUGGCCACCACCGCCACCGACCAGCCCAGCGGAAGCGGGGCGAGGUCGGGGGGCAAGGGCCAUCACCACCAGGCGCAGGCCACCAGGUACCAUCAGAACCAGAACCAGAGUCAGAGCCAAAAUCUGAAUCACAGCCAGAAGAACAGCUCCCGGGCGGAGCAGUACUGCGCGGAGCUGAACGCUCCGGACAACGGCCACAAUACCUACGAGAAUAUGCUGAAUCUCAAGUGCUGCAAGCCGGAGGGCGACCAGGCGGACUGCCCCUCGCACCGCCAGCACCACCAGCUGCGCCAGCAGGACAUCUACAUGAAGCAGGCCACCCAGCGGGUCAAGAUGUUGCGGAGGGCGCGCAAACAAAAGUACCAGGACCACUGCCUCGAAACGCGACAGCGCAGCCUGUCGGUGGGCAACGACUCCGCCUGGCAGAACCGCCACCUGCAGUCUCAGCAGCCGGCGGUGGGUCAGGCAGCCGCCACGACCCCUCCCCCGCAGCCGCUGAACCACAAGACCGCGUCGGGGUCUCCGCCGCUGGGGGGUGGCGGCGACAUGAUGCUCGACGGGGUGCAGCUGCGCCAGCCACGCCCCCAGUCCCUCGCCCACCAGCCAAACCAGCUGCAGCGCAAGUCGGCCGAGUGCUGGAAGUCGGCGCUCAAUCGCAACGACCUCAUUAGCAUCAUCCGGGAGAGCAUGGAGAAGAACCGCCUGUGUUUUCAGCUGAAUGGAAAACCCCAAGCCAAUGUGAGUCCCAUACGGCAACCGGCAGCACAACAACAACCACAACAACAGCAACGCCAACGCUGCAAUACGGGCUCGAAAAUACCCACGCUAAUUGCCAACCACAGUCCGGUCGCCCAGCAAUCGCCGCUCAGCUGCAGUCCACCUACGGCGGACACCACCACCAGCAUUCCAGUGGGCACCGAGGUCAACGGUCAGCAGCAGCAACAGCCCAGCCCCAGUGCCCACCCCAAUGCCAAUACCAAUCCCAGUGUCAGCCACCACAACCACCACGAACAUCCCCAACCGCACAUACCCAUCUACCAUCAGCAGCUGGCCAUUAAUCCGGCCGUCCUGGCCGCCCAGCAGACGCACAACACGGCCCACAACAAGCUCAACCUGUGUGGCUACGACUCCUUCCUGCAUGCCACCAUCUGCGGGGGCGGGGCAGCCGCCCACUCGCCCCCGGCCACGCCCAGCAACGUGGCCACCGUGCAGCCGAUCCCCAAGAAGAGCCAGAAGAACCUGCUGCAGGGCUACCAGCGCCUGGAACAGCAGGCGCCGCAGCCGCAGCAGCAGCGGAGCAGCAAGGACUACAAGAACUACGGCAACCUCAUAUACGCCAAGCUGAGUGAGCAGCUGCAGCAGAAGGAUCGGGAGCAGCGACGCCAGCGGCACAAGCAGGAGCAGCGGCAGCAUCAGAUGUUGCAGGAUCAGCACAAGGACGCGGCUCGGUCCGAGCCACGUCCCCCCACCUCGAACUCCAGCUCGGCGGGCUCGAAGAUCUACGGCGAUGCCGUGGAGUGCGCCCACCUGCUGGCCAGCGAGGACGAGGACCUGCCCCCCAGUCCGCAUCUCACGAGCACGCCCAGCAAGGUGGUCAGCACCGACACCCUCAUCGACCUCAACGACGACGUGGGCGAGGCGGUGGCCGAGGCAGUCACUGGGGGCGGCAAGCAGGUGCCGGAGGCCGAGGAGCCCGGCCAGCAGGUGGAGGCGGAACUGGACACCAGUGCCUCCAGCUCCAUGAUCCACCGCUACGUGCACGAGCACAUCCACCACCACUACCACCACUUCAAGGAGCAGCAGGACGUCUAGGCCGCGGCGGGCGGAUCACACUACGAACUACUCGAAUGUUGCUUGUGUUUCAGUCUAUUGAUUAAUGUAGCGCCAAUUGUAAUUUAAGCCGAGCAUUCAUCCACUAAAACGAGAAAUAUUCAAGACGAUAUUAGGGCCGCGAGGUUGGGGCUGUUUAGCUGAGCUUGGAAUGGGUUCUUAAAAUCAGAAGGUAAUCUGAAAAUACAACACAUGCCGAAAGUUAGUUUCAGACAGCAGUUCACAAUUAUGCAUGUUUGCCGGAUCAGUUUUGAAAUUCCGAAUGGGUUCCUAUCUAUAGGAUCCUCGAUGUGAAACACACUAAUCCCCACUUUGUCUAGCCCACUCCAAACUCACCUUGCAAGCCCUCCUGGGAAGACCUUGGAACCAAACUCGAACUCGUCGGGGUUCGACCCACUGACCCCGCCAUCUAUGUAUAUGUAGCCUCUUCGCUUACGCAAAACCGAAUGGAAAACAAAAUUACGCGCCUUUGCCUUAGCAACAAUCGAAUCGCCGCUUCGCCAUGCUAAUCAACUAGCAACAUGUUGCAGCACACCCGCACAUAUCACUAUCAAAACUGAGGUGUGUGCACGUGCAGACUAAUGGAAGGAAACUAUGUUUAGUGCAAAUUAUUAAAUCAAAUUGUUGUCUAUGAUAUAAAGUUUUAUGCGCCGCUUUUUAAGUGUUUGGCAGAGGGCAACAAGCGAGUGCAGUGGGACUUCGGCCGCCAGUUUUAGGUUAUCUUGGAUCGUGUAUAUUUAUGUUGUCUAAGCCAAUUAAUUUAAAUUCUACUUUUAGUUUCUAGCUCUAGCCCCAAACAAGACAAGCAACAAUGCAACUAAGUACUAAUACAAGCCACAACAAACACAAAUCGUAGUUCAAUUAUCGUUUUAAACUUGUUUUUAUUUUCGUCACCUGUCAGCCAACCGAGUUACCACCCAAUCAUUCAAAUCAAACCAACAAGCACAAAAACAAAAUGCAUUUAACUCUUAUUUACAUAAAAAAGACUGAUUUCCAAUUAAACAAUAUAUUAAUUAAUUGCGUAUGAAUAAAAUAUAUAUAAAUAUAUAUAGACAAUUUAUGAGAAAUACUAAAUAAAUUAUUGAAUUGCUAAAUUAA